UUGCAUGUGGUGUUUUGCCCGACAUCCACUCUCUGAAAAGCUAACCUGAGGAUCUACCAUAUGAUACCUGCCAUUUUCAGCGUUUCUAGCAUCUGAUACUUCAUAAUUCCUUUGGAUUUUUAAAGUUGACCUUUUUGAGAGAAGCAUUAGUUUAUUUAUUGGCAAAAUCCCUUCAACACCACAACAAAUACCCAGGCACUUCACUGAAGGCUGGUAAUCUUUUUCUCCUAGUCCCCAGACACAAGAAGCAGGGGGAAAGUGUUAGUUUUCCACUGAAUCAUUACAAAGUCUGCACAGCUUCUUAGUUGAAAAGUAAGACGAAGACAGAAACAGUUAUGGCCUCUUUUAAAUUGGAUUUUCUCCCAGAGAUGUUGGUGGAUCAUCAUUCUUUGGAUUCUGGUCCUGUGAAGAAGAUGAACAGAUCUCUGGAUCAUCCAGAUCAACCAGAUGUUGAUGCUAUUAAGAUGUUUGUGGGACAAAUCCCACGGUCUUGGUCUGAGGAGCAGCUUCGUGAGCUGUUCGAACCUUACGGAGCAGUCUAUGAGAUAAAUAUCCUGCGAGACCGGAGCCAGAAUCCACCACAGAGCAAAGGUUGCUGUUUUAUAACAUAUUUUACUCGAAAAUCAGCCUUGGAAGCACAGAAUGCUCUACACAACCUGAAGAUCCUGCCUGGGAUGCAUCACCCAAUCCAGAUGAAGCCAGCUGACAGUGAAAAAAGCAAUGAAGAACAUGAAAGCCAGCGUAUGUUUUGGAACUAUAGCGGUUUACACGAACCAAGUGACUGCCCUGGCGGUGACAUCAACGAGUGUCGCAACUCUUUCUCUCUAUGGCUCUGGCAAGAGCUAAAAGAAAAAGAAGGCUGCAAGGCUGACGCGGACCUCGCG